AUCAAACUAUAGGUUUCUUCUGUUUUUAAUUUUAUCAUCAAUUUGGAUCCAAAAUCAUUCAACUAAAUAUUAAACCCAAAAUCUUUCCCAAUCAAAACGAGAAAGAGCGAUGGAUGCGACCAACCACGACGACGAUUUCAAUUCUACCACAAACUGGAAACUCGCCGGCGGUGCCCUCACAGACUCCAUCUCCUUUGAGUCUUCCUUCACCGCAAACCAUGAAUCUGACGAUGGAAUCAUCUCCGCCGCCGUCAAUCAUGUAACCAAAUCCCCCUUACUUCUUCUCCCUCCAGUUCCCAACAGCGAGCCAUGUGAAAUUACAAUUACAUUUGCACAAGAACAUGAAUUGAAGCAAAUCUAUAUCCGAAGUAGUGCACGAGUAUACGAAGUGUAUUACACGAAAAAGCGGCGACAUGAUAAGGAAUAUCUGUGUACUGUUCGAUGUGGUGUUGCAAUUAGAGAUGAAGAAGUGCUUCAGAGUUCAGUGGAACCGGUAAAGGAUCCGAUUGAGAAGAGGGUGAAAGAUAAUGGGAAUGGACGGAUGAAUGAAGAUGAUUGGGUUGAUGUGAAAGCUGGUGAUGAUUCUCUGUUGAAUAAUCAAAAAGAUCUUGUUCCAAUGUCACAAUUAGGGAAACAGGUUUUUUAUGAAGCUACUGCGGAGAUCAAUGACGCAGAACCUUGCACUUCGAUUACAGUCCGUCUUCUCUCUCUUCAGGAUAAAAGAUGUGCACUUGUUGAUGAAGUUUAUGUGUUUGCUGAUCCUGUUGAUCCAAGUGAGUCAGAGAAGGAAGAAGCGAGUGGAACAGGAAAUUCAUCUAGUAGUUCGUUGAUGGCUAUGUUUAUGCCCGCUCUUUUGCAGUUAUCUCGAGGAAAAGAUGUCAGAAAAGAACGGGAUAGACAAGUUUCCGAUGAGUCCAACAGCAUGGAUCCGGUAGAUUUAGGAAACGCAAAUGAUUCAGAUAGGAAGGAGACAAAUUUCAGUAGAGCUGAUAAGAUAGGAGAGAGCUCACCAGUUUUAGUUGAUACUCUUCCAAAGCGGGUUGAUGCAGUAACACGAGUAUCUGGGGCAGAAAUCAAGCCUGCUCUGUCUUGCAAUAAUGUGGAGACUAUUCUGUAUCAGCUUGUUAACAAGGUAAGCAUGAUAGAAACUAUCUUGAUAAGAUUUGAAGAUCAGAUGUUGAAACCUAUUAAUAGUAUUGAUGCAAGGCUCCAGUUAGUAGAGAAGAAACUCGAACAGCUAGGAAAGAAGAAAUCAUUUGAAUCUGAAUUAGAUUUUCAAGUGAAAAUGCCAUAUCCAGAUUCUCUGGGCAGUGAUACAGAUAAAACUCCUGAUACCGAUGAGUUGGAUGGAUUGACUAUAAACACGGAUGAUCCACAGUUGGCCUCUUGUACUAAAACAGUUGUUCUUGACUCCUCUAGUAUAGACAACAGUGAAGAUUGUUCUGUUGUACUACCGAAGAACAGGCUUGAUAAUAUUCUUCCAAAGUCUGUAGAACUGGAGAGUGAAAAUAGCUCAAUCUCAGGAAAUGAGAUGAUUUCUGCUGAACCGGAGAUCAGUAAUGAGGAGGUUGGUUAUACUUUUGAAGAGAAACCAAAACAUUCGCUGUCUAUAAAUGAUGCUUUAGCAUCUGCACUUGCUGGAUUAUUGUCUUCGCAUUCGAUGACCAGUGGAAAAUACAGCCAAGCCCUCGUAGUUACAGCCCCUGAAUUUUCAAAUGAAGAUGAUGUAGAGAUAGAAGAGAAAUCUCAGGUGAGUACCCUUCCAGACGAAAGCCAAGUUGCAGCAGAGGAGUCUGAAAACACAUACGCUGCUUCGGGGAACCCAAGUUCUUCACUGAAAGGACUUGCUUCAUGUAUUGAAGACAAUUCUCAGGAAAUAAUUUAUGGAGUUUCUAAAAAAUUGGAUGAUAGUUUUGGAGGAGAUGAGGAAGCUGAGACAGUGGUUAGCGUCAGAGACAAUGGUUUAGAUGAAGAGACGGUAAGAUUAAGCACAAAAGCUGAUUGUUACACAGAAAGGGAGAACCUCAGUGAUAAGCCCAUGGAUCCCGAUUCCCUGAUUCACGAGAUCGAGAAUCCAAAUUUAACUAGUCCAAAAUGCAAAGGAGAGCCUGGAAUGGAUGAUGUCUUGAAGAGUGUUCUCGGUUUUCAACCGACUACGUCUUCAGUUGACUUCCUAACUCCAGUUCUGGAUGUGAAAUUUAAUUCAGAGAAUAAAGACUCAGACAGCAAGUGUUUCUUUGAGGCACUCUUCACAGAAGAAUCUAAAACUGAUGUAGAUUGCAAGAACGAAGCUUUAGACGAUAACUUAGUCUCAGUGGAAGAUGAAGAACUAAAAGGCCCACCAACAGAUACCCUUUCAUCUAUGGAGAUGGAUCACUAUGCGACGAACGAGAUGCCUCUACACUGGAAUGUUGAAAUAACAGAAGCAAGUCUUAUAUAAAGGGAAAAUUAAAUGCGACAUCAAAGCUUGCAUUCUGUUUUCGUCGAGGUUUUUGCUAUGUGUGGUCUAGAAGACAGAUACAAAUGCAGAUGUGAAGCAACUUCAAAUACAAUAUGAUAUUACCAUGUGCAAGCAAAUGGCUCAUAAUA